UUUCCGGAUACUUCAUAAUCACUUCAUGCACAAGGUCACUCUGUGGUUCAUUCGUGUAUUUGCAAUUGCAUAUGUAGGUUUGUGCAUUGUGUUAAAACUGUACGAUUGAGCUCUCGGCUUUGCGAUUAUCUCAAAGAAUUCAAUGAACACGAGAGAUUUAUCAUACGUCAGAUUGUGAAGCUCCGAGCAUUGCCUUACCGGAGCAAAGCAGCUUGACAGACUGAACACGUCCUCCUUAAUUUGUUUGGGAUCUUCGAAUGUGAGUUUGACGUAUUUAGAAUGGCGGGAGUAUUCGACAUCGAGUUGCACGACGGAGAUGCCGCAAAUCAAGACGAAUCAGACGACGAUGUGAUCGAAAGCAGAGAGGAGGAAUAUAAUCACGCCGCAACUGUAAGCGCUAUAUUAGAGUCUGAAAAUUUGGAGAGAGUUCAGUUGUCCGAACAGAAUGUAAAUCCCGGUCAAGAAAAAGCUGGUCCACAAGAUUUUGAAUUAUGCAAAAUCUUGGGAGAGGGUGGCUAUGGAAAAGUUUUUCAAGUGAGAAAAGUCACUGGGAAGGAUAAGGGCAGUAUCUUUGCCAUGAAAGUAUUGCGCAAAGCGUCUAUUAUACGAAAUCAGAAAGAUACUGCUCAUACCAAGGCCGAGAGAAAUAUCUUGGAGGCUGUAAAGCAUCCAUUUAUUGUGAAUCUUAUGUAUGCUUUCCAAACUGGUGGUAAACUUUAUUUGAUUUUGGAGUAUUUAUGUGGUGGAGAACUUUUCACGUAUCUUGAUCGAGAAGGUAUUUUUUUGGAGGACACAGCUUGUUUCUAUUUGUCUGAAAUUAUACUAGCGUUGCAACAUCUUCACAAUCAGGGCAUUAUAUAUAGAGACUUGAAGCCGGAAAAUAUUCUGUUGGAUGCUGAAGGCCAUGUCAAAUUAACAGACUUUGGUCUUUGCAAAGAACACAUACAGGAGGGCACAGUAACACAUACGUUUUGCGGAACGAUAGAAUACAUGGCCCCAGAGAUCCUAACUAGAAGCGGUCACGGUAAAGCCGUGGAUUGGUGGAGUUUAGGUGCUUUGAUGUUCGACAUGCUUACAGGGAUGCCACCAUUCACCGGCGAUGACAGGAGGAAAACCAUCGAGAAGAUCUUACGUGGAAAAUUGAGUCUUCCACAAUAUCUGACACCGGAUGCCCGAGAUCUCAUCCGGAAGCUUUUGAAAAGACAAGUUGUUCAGAGAUUGGGCUCUGGUCCGGAAGAUGCCGAGCAGAUCAAGAACCAUAACUUCUUCAAGCACAUCAAUUGGCAAGAUGUGAUCGCACGGAAAUUGGAUCCACCGUUUAAACCAUCUCUGAAAAGCGCAGACGACACGUCGCAAUUCGACGAACAGUUCACAGCAACCGUGCCAGUUGAUUCGCCAGUUGAGAGUACUCUCAGUGAAUCCGCGAACAUGAUAUUUCAAGGUUUCACGUAUGUAGCGCCGAGUGUCCUGGAAGAGAUGUAUGCACAGCCGAAGGUCGUGAAUGCCAGAAGCCCGCGUAGAGGACUGAUGAAUAAUACGAGUUUCGGCGCGGCGACGACAGGUCUACACGGCUUCUCGCCAAGAUCGAUGGACGUUCAUCUGCGUCCGUCGUUAGAUUUCCAGCAGCAGCACAGGCAACAUGUGGUGGGGUCCAGCGUGGAGGACGCCGAAAUGGUGGACCUCGGGCAACUACCGAACCGUUUAUAGUGCCGCGACGCAUCGCGCACAAACCAUUAGAUUUAUGAUGCAAACUAGGGACAAAAAGGAAUAUAGCCCGUAAAACCUGUUUGUUCGCUGAAUCAUUCACAUUUAUGUGACGACGGACGACGAACAGAGUUAUAUUUAGCAAAUUCUUUAUUAUGUAUAGUAAAAAGUAAGCACAGUAAGUUCAAACGGCCUCCUUAAUAUCGCGAUACCGCCUGCUACUUGCGACUUUACUUAGACUUUUGGCGAUUUCAGGACGGCUGAACUUGUUUGUUUGCAAUGCGACGAAGCAAACACUGUAUGUCUUUUCGCUAUGUAAAUGUGUGGAUGAGAGCAAGUACAUUCUCUAGAAGAGACGAACUUACGGCAUUAACAAGACAUUUAUGAGCAGAAUGCAGUUCAAAUCUGAAGACUAUAUU